AUGUUUUCAUGGUGUGGAGAGAACCUGUCUCUAACGGACUCGUCUCUGUCUGCCGCCCCCCCCAAUUGCAGGGUACCGCUCCACCCACCCCCUCCCUCCCCGGCGCCGAUCCCAGCUCUGCAACGCGUUCCCGAACGGAGACAGGGCGGAGUCGACGCUCUGCCGAUCGAAGCUGCGAGACGGGCUAGCUUUCCAGGGUCGGGGGUCGCGGCGGGUCACCCGCCCACCACCGCAACUCCCCGGUGGGCAGAACGUUUGCGGGGAACGGGGCGGGCUUGUCCAACAGAGCGGAAAACCUUAGGAACCCCUCGCUCCAGUUCCUCCAGCUCCUCCUCCUCCUCUUCCUCCUCCUCCUCUUCUUCCCCCCCCCCCAAACGGAGGGACGGAGACCCCCCGAAGAGUUCUAGGUCACCCGAGGUCGCACCUGGUAGGAGGAGCCGGUCUAGAACGCCGGGUGAAGAUGGCAAAGCGGGAAAAGCGGACGGCAAGUCACGUUCUGGAUCUCCCGGUAUGGGUGGGAAGGUCCAGGGAGGUUCUAGGUCAUCGGUCGGCAACAACCACAAUACAGCAGAUUGCAAAAAGAACAGUUUUGGGGCUAAAUCCGGAACGCCCCCAGAUACCACGGGUACAGACCCCGCAAGUGCAGCGUUACAGGGGGCAGGGAGUGGCAGCGACUCCCGAUCUCGCAGCGAGAGGCUGGCACAAGGCAGUGGAAAGCCUCAGAGUGAGUCGCGUUCUAGAUCCAACUCUAGAACCCCAGCGGCUGCCCCAACCAGCAGGGAGUCGCAUUCUAGAUCGCCCAGUGCGGCAGGUGGAGACGGCGGGAAGGCUCGCUCGCGGGAUUCCAGGUCACCGCAGGCCGGGCCAGCGAAGGGUCACUCACCUUCUAGAUCCGUUACCCCCGAAGCCAGCGGGGGCAGCCGGGCAGAAAAGAGGAAGCCCGGUUCCAGGACGGGAACCGCGGAGAACGCCGGAGGGCCGCCGGUGAAGAGAGGGAGAGCAGAGCCAGCUGUGGUGGAGGGAAGGAUAGAGUCUUCCUCCUCGUCCUCAUCCUCCGAUUCCAGUGACUCGGAGUCGGAGGGAAGCAAGAAAGCCAGUUCACAAACCCAAGGGGGUGUGGCUGAAUCCAAGGGGGCGGGCAGUAAGAGCUCCUCCUCCUCCUCCUCCUCCUCUUCGUCAGACAGCAGCUCCUCCUCUUCGUCAGACAGCAGCUCCUCCUCUUCGUCGGACAGCGAGGCUCCCUCGGAGACAACCGCAGGAGAGGAUGGGAAAUGUCCCAGGAAGCCAGCUGAUUCGCUGAGAGACUCACGAUCGCUCAGCUACUCUCCGCCCACAGGUGGGAGAAGACACGCCCCCGCCCUGCCCACUCGCAGGGGUCGGAGGUCGCCCAGCCCCUCCCCUCAGAGGAAGAGGAGGAAGGACUCUCUCGAAUCCGGGCGCAGAGCAGACACUUAUCCAGAGCGACUCGCAGAGACCAGGGGGGUGAACUCUGCAUCAUCAAUAAAUGCUGCUGCUGCAGAGUCACUUCCAAUAGGACCUCGUUUGUUUGACGUCUUGUCCAAAGAACGGAGCACAAGGAGGUGA